UUUAAACCGUGACAGUGGAUACUUCAUGUUGGUUUAUUGUAUACGAGUCAGAAGAAAACGAUUCCCGAUGAAACAAUGUAAAGAAACAAUGAUACAGAUGCUUAGAAGAAAUCACAGAUUUUUUAAAGGCAGACAAAAGAUGUUUUAUUUGUGGACUUGCAAAUCUACAGUGUUGUAAUAAAUUUGAGAAACAUGGAGAAAAGUGAUACAAAAAUUGCUACCAAUGGUGUUCAUUCCAAUUUGGAUGACAACAGCGAAGACAAAGGCGACAAUGAUGAUGUGAUACCAAGAAAAUCUUCAUUAUGGAUGACGAUGAAGGACAAGAUCCGUGUUGGAGAUAAAAACGCAACCCCACUGAAUUGGAGACAUGUCUUCUUGGUCUUUGUUUCAUUAUUUUGCAGUGCUGUUAGUUUGACUUUCCUGUUUCCUUUCCUGCCAGAAAUGAUCGUGGGGUUUGGUUAUGAAGAAGAGGACAAGGGAUACUAUGCUGGUUUGGUGGCAUCUGCUGUAUUUGCGGGGAGAGCUUUUGGAAGUUAUUUCUGGGGCUGGUUGUCAGACAGAUAUGGACGACGCCCAGUUAUGAUGAUCACUAUAUUUGGAAAUGGAUUUUUCUCUUUCGUGUUUGGGUUUACCUACAAUCUCCCAAUGGCUAUCAUUUCCCGCUUCCUGACUGGACUUGCUAAUGGUACGGUGGGGACGGCUAAAACUGUUCUGUAUGAGAUCUGUGACAACACUAACCAGGCCCUGGGGAUGUCGAUCAUUUCUGUGGCCUGGGGAGCAGGGAUCGUCCUUGGUCCUACUGCUGGGGGACUUCUUGCUUCUCCCGUGAAACGUUACCCACAAUCCUUCUCAGCUGAUGGCGUGUUUGGAACGUUCCCGUAUCUUCUCCCAAGCAUGAUCAUUUUCAUCAUUUGUGUACUGGUGGACAUCUUGGAUUUCUUCAUGCUUCCAGAGACUCUUAAUUCAAAAAAGAACACAAAUGAUAGGAGUACAGAGGAAGAAGAGGCUUUGACUGCCCUUACAAAUGACUCGUCAAAACUACCAGAUGGAUACAAUGAAGAUUACUCACAACCAAAAAUAGCUUUGUCAGUAGAGAAUCUACACUGUGAAGCUGAAGCUGGGACCUACUUAUUUCAGAAAGAGGCUCAGACAGGACACCAAGGAAUUCUGGGAGAGGAACUUCGACAAAUGUUAUCACUUGACCACAGGAAAAAAAGUCUGUCUUUGUGUCAUCUGCCAGUAGAUUUGCUGAAAAAUAAGGAAAAUUUUGUUGUUGAUAUGGCACAGAUUUCAAAAUCAAGUCAUGAAUUGAGCAUAUCAAGAAGUCAAAGUACUCAUGAUAAUAGUAACAAUGUACAUUUGUCAAAGGGUGUGGAAGAUUCUUGUAAUGGAGAGAUACAACAGGAGGGGAGUAAAAAGGAACAGCCUUCUGGAUGCUUAAGUGCUAUAAAAAACACAAACUUAGUGACACUUUUCAGAAUGGGAGAUGUUCGACAAGCUGUCAUGGUUUACACAGUUUUCUCAUUUGGCAUGAUCGGGUUUGAGGAAAUCUUCACUGUCUGGGCUUCCACAGAACACAGAUUUGAUGGGUUAAACUAUGCCCCAGAUAGGAUUGGAGCAGUGAUCGGGAUAUCAUCUUUACCUCUACUAGUGCUUAAUCUCUUUCUGUUUCCCUUCCUGGCCCACAAGUUUGGUCUGAAAAAAACCUUCGCUGGUUGUACCUUGGUGCUUAUGGUGGUAGUAACUGUGAUGCCAAUGUUACAUCUUCUACAAAACCAAGACACAGUGCUGAUGGUUUUGGUCGUAAUGAUCUUGCUCCCACAGAAGCUUCUCACUGCAUGUUGUUUUAGUGCCUCUUCUUUAUUUGUCAACAAUUCUGCCCCACCCAAUCGGGCCGGAGCUGUCAAUGGCAUCGCUAUGACAAUGACAGCUUUUGCAAGGUCACUUGCUCCGGCUGUAGGAGGAAGCAUAUUUGCAUGGUCUAUUGGAUAUGGUGCCGAGAAGUUGGGACCACCAUUUGAUGUCAACCUCUCGUUCUUUUUCUUUGGCUUUGUCCUCUGGAUGAUGGUAGUUUACAGCAUCUUUAUCAACGACAAGUUAAAUACGCAGAAAAAAUAAUCUGACAUUAAUCAUCAUGUUAAUGGUGUUGUUUGUUGUUGCUAUCUUCAAUAAGAAAUUGUUACUGUAUGUCUUAUUAGAGAACACAUGGAGUGAUAAAAUGUUCAUAUUUAUGUCUUAUGGAGUUUUCUUAUAAUAUUACCAGUAUCAUAAUUGGUUAUAUUUUUUGACAUCUUUUAUUUUAUCCUAUUUCAAAUCAAAGUGAAGAAAUGGAACAAGUGGCACAGUCUACAGUACUAAGAUCUAUCCUUGUAACAGCAUCAUGUUUAUGUAUUUAUGCAAGAAAAACAAGAAUGGGGAUAUCACAUUUUAUGCUGGCCAUCGACAAUUUUAUUUGUAAAACCUUGAUUUUGACUUGCAUAUUGAUAUUGAUGUGAUUUUGAGAACAAAAGUUUAGCAUAUUGUAUCAAAGAAAAAACUGUUGUAGUCUCACAGGGUACAGACCAGACAACUUUUUGUGUUCAUAUAUACAUGUAGACUAGAAUAUUUUAACAUUUUGUGUUUGUGUCAUAAUUAAGAUGAAAGUUAUACAUACAGUUUAUACGUAGUAGAAAUGUUAUAUGACUGAGAAAAUCCCUCUUCUAUGAUUGGUCUAGAGAUCAAACACAGGUCUUGACAAAAUGACGAUUUCCUGCAAUUUCAUAGCAAAUUGAUAUCCUAGACUAAAAAUAGUAACAGGGAAUUUCCAUGAUAUGAUGAUCUCAUCACAAACUGUUAAGGAAGCCUGAAAACUGACUUUUUUUCAUUAUAAUCUGGACAUUUUAAAUGUCUUGCCAUAUAACAGUUAUCAAUUUAUUUUAGGUCAGUAAAUGGAAUGGCCCACCAAGGGGAUUAUCACCUGAAGGUUAUCAAAUUCUUCUAUUAACAAAACAAGCCUUAUGUAAUUCUUUAUUCUUUUUAUGGAAAAUAUUAAAAGGGAUUUGUUUUAAUGCAUUGAUAAAAUAUCAGUUUAUAUAUUUUUAAAAUUUGUUCUUGGUUAUGAUAUCUGUACUAUACUUUGUGCUCUUAUUUUCAUAUAAGUGGGUAACAUAUUUUUGUCAGUGCUUCGAAAAGAUCUUUUUGUUUUUGUUAUUGUCAGAGCAUUAUAACAUGAUAUUUGUUGGGAAAUCAAAAGUAGAUGGAAUAUAGUUGUUAAUGGAAAAAGUUUCAUUAUCUCUGUAAAUAUCAGAUAAUAAUUUUAGGGUGAAAACAUGUUUGUGUUAGAGUGUUCUUUGUUAAACUGUUGUUGUUGUUGUUGUUGUUCUCUAGACUGUUGUUUACACUGUAUUACUAGUCUAAAUAAUGCUGUGCUCAUAACAUUUCCAUGUAACUAUUCAAAAGUAGUUUUGUGUGAACUCCUAAUGGUGCUUGUAAUUCAGAUUACAAACAAUAUACCUGUGAAUCUCUGAUAUUCCUUUCUGUUGAGGGUAUUCUAAAAAGAUGAAGUGUUUUUAGAAAUUAGGUGUUGUUUCCUUGAGAUAGAAGCAAUGCCCUCCACAGAAAAUGAAAUUUAUUCUGAUACAUUAUAUGUAUAGAGAAUUGCUUUUCAAUUAGAGUAAUAUAUGACCACAUGCUUGUUAUGUGACCCUAUUUGUGCAGGCCAUACCCAAAAAUAUACAAUUUUUUAUGUAUUUUAUGUAAUCAUCUGCCGGAACAAUAUUUUCAUGUUAAAGAUGAGGAGGUUUUAUUGGGCUGACAAAAGUUUUGAAAAAAGAUAGCCCUCAAUGAAAAAUGGUAAUAAGGUCAUUUGUGAAAUUGAAAUAAUUAAAAGAUGAAGUAAAUACAUGACUUGAUAUAUCUUUAUAUGAUCUACUUCAUGCAAAAUGAUCAUUUACUGCCUAAAUUAUUGAGAUAGAAAUGAUUAAUUUGAUAUGUUUUUAAACAUACUUAAUGACAUAUCAAAUUAUUUCUUAUUGUAUGCAAAAAAAUUCUACAUGUACCCGUACCAACAAACCAAAGAAAUAGACAGU